AUGGCUGAGCACCCCGCAUUCACAUUGGCUGGCCUGUUGGCCGCCGGCGGCACCUUCGGUUUCGUCCGUACGCGUUCCAAGCCGUCUCUCAUCGCAGGCCUGACUCUCGGCACGAGCUUUGCCUUUGCAGGAUACCUCCUGAAGAAGAACAAGGACUACGGCGCCGAGCUCGCCCUCGGCAGCAGCGUCGUCCUGCUGGGCGCCGGCGCCCAGCGGCUCAUCGCCACGCAGGCAAAGUCCCGUCCGGCCCUCGGCCUGACCGUCGCCGGCGCGCUGUCGACGUUUUACUACCAGAAGAAGUUUAGGGAGUUCCGCUUCGGCGUGUGA